GGAUGUCAGUGUGUGUAAAAGGUGCUGUUGUAUCCUGCAAUCCUGAGUAAGGAGCUCUUACCGGUGGGGAAACUGAGGCACGGGAGAGCCACGAUGUACAAAAUACAUCUAAGGGCACCUCCCACCAUCGCCAGCAGCAGCUGAGGGCCAAUUUAAUGAAAAUACAGCCAUCUGACCCCAGAAAAGCCUCCAGGCUUGAAGGUUUGCUCCAUCAGAGCUGGGUGCUCUGUAGGAUUUUCCUCCUGUCUCGGUCCCGGCAAACCUUUACCACUGUGGCCUCCGUGCAUGGCGGGUGGGCUUCCCAUGGCACGGGGCAGUUUUUGGGCUGGUUGUCCCCCUGGCUUGUCCCCUUCAUCCCGAAGUCUGCUUAGUCCCUCUCAUCGGGGGGUGACCGCAGUGACCCGGCAUCAGCCCCUGAACGCCCCGGCGAGACAGCGAGCAGCCUCCAUGCCCCCGUCCCCAUCACAAGGGACACCCACACAUCGGGGACCGCUGCUGCAUGCUGGGGUGACGCUGGCACGGUGGCACCGGCCGCUCGAUGCGGGGUCAUUCCCUGGUUGCGGGGUGACGGGAUCGGAGCUGACGGGUGGUGGCUGCAGGGCCCCGCAGUGCAGCCGUGCAGCACUCACAAAGGUCGAUCUUCCCUUUGCCUUAAAUCUCCAGAUGGCAUGGGAUGGGACAGGGUGGACCUCUCCUCCCCGCCGCAUCUCCCCACGGCGUUGGGGGACCCAGGCAUCCUGCCUGUCCUCACCCCGAUGUCCCCCACAUCUCCCGCCAAGCCACGGCUCCCCGCUCUUGGCCACUAAAUAAUUCAUGGGUGAGGCAGAGACGGCGGCGAGACGCCGCUAACAGCGUCUAAAAAUACCGGCUGGCGGGCAGGGAGAGGCAGACGUAGGCUGGUCGGGGUGGUCCGGCCCCACAGCGAGCAGGCAGGGAGGGCAGGUCACAAGUGCAACGAAUGUGCCGGGCUCAGCCUGCCAGGGGCACGGCUGGAGGCACACGGGGACACCGUGGGGUCGGUGCCACCAGGCUGGGGUCCUAUCUUGCAGGUGGCAUCUCUCCCAGUCCCACCGAACUUCCCCGCAGGCAGCGGGUGGUGGUGUAGCUGGGCAGGAGGGUGCUGGGGACAGGGAUGGGGGGGCUGAGCUCUGUCAGGAUACAUGCUGCGAGGGACACUGGGUCAGUGCCUGCCUGCAGCCGGCACCGUGGGCCUGAUCCUGCCCAGUCCCUUGUGCUUGAGGGUCUCCCGGUGACUCUGGUGUGGCCCCCCCUCCCCAGCUCGGUGUCCCCAUCCCCAUCCCCACUACGGGGCAAGGGAGGAGGAAGGCGCGUGGCUGCUGGGCCCCGCAGGGCACGAGCAACGGCCUGGGUUAGCCAGGGCCAUGGGAGCCUCCCCCCUUCGUCACCCACAGCCCACACACACCCUGCUCCCUCCUCCAUCCCUCCUCCUCCUCCUCCUCCCUCCUGCGGCUGCUUGGCUCCCUCGCUUGCCGCCUGGCACCCGGCACCCCGCUGCCAGCACCCAGCACCCCGCACCAUGAGCCUGCGGCUGCAGCUGAAGCCGGUAAGUGCAGGGGGAAGGGGAAGAGGGAAGGGGCACCCAGCGGGAUCGCCACGGGGGGCACCCAGCACUGCCACCCGUGGGGACUCCCGGGGCCACCCAGGCCACCCAAGGGUGCCACCUGCAGCCCUCCCCAUCCCCGAGGGGCAGAGAGGGACAAGGCUGCAGCUGCUCCCUGGCUCCGCGUUGGUUUCGAUGCUCUUUUAGGGGUUGUUUCUUUUCCCUUUUCUGCCUCAAAUCUUUGGGGUCAUGGGUUUUUAUUAAUUCCUGCCUGGAAAACAACAGGGCUUGACCUGCUCUUGCUUCUGCCACAAGAGCCAGGUGCCAGGAGCAGGGACGAGGGGCAGGGCAGGUGUCCCAGCAUGGGGAACAGAAUUUGGGGGCCUGAAUUCAGGACUAGCCCCACAGAGCUGCCUCCGGCCAGGCAGGAUGGAGAGAUUCAGCUGCUGAGGGUGGGAGCAUUGCUGGUUUUCCCAGACACAAGGCGUUAGGAGCCCGUCUCAGGUCUGCUGGGCAUGUCUUAGCUUUGGGACCAAGCGUUUUACCAGCGUCGCCUUGUCCCCUUCCCUGCUGUCCCCCCAGGAGCCGGUCCCCAAGCCCAGCCGUUGCCUCAUUCCCUUCCACAACGAUUGCGUUUGGGUCACUUUUUCCAAUCCCUCCCCUCUCCAUCCGCCAGCGACGUCGGCGGCUCCUGCUGCCCCAUUGGUGCUCUUGUCCCCACGGGGGCCCCAGCAUCGAUUGGGUUUGAUUAAUUCACAUCAGGCUCCUGAAUGCCCUUCGCAGCUGCAUGUCUCCCACCCGCCCAGCCGAGUGCAUGUGUGCCUGCGUGGGUGAUGCCAUGGCCCCGGUCCUGCACCCACCGUGCCGGUCGCUGCCUGGGCGUGCGGGGUUGGGGGCCCCCAUGAUGGACACUCGGACUUCGAGGGUCAGCUGCCGCCUGGGGCGCCGGGCAAGCUGCAGGCAGGUGCUAUCCCUGGGUGCUGACGUCCUUCCCGAGUACAAGCUGCAGGCACCGCGCAUCCACCGAUGGACCAUCCUGCACUACAGUCCCUUCAAGGCUGUCUGGGACUGGCUAAUCCUUCUGCUGGUCAUCUACACAGCUGUCUUCACCCCCUACUCGGCCGCCUUCCUGCUCAAUGAGGAGCAGGUGGAGGAGAAGCACUGGGACUGCAGCUACUCCUGUGACCCACUCAACAUUAUUGACCUCAUCGUGGACAUCAUGUUCAUUGUGGACAUUGUCAUCAACUUCCGUACCACCUACGUCAACGUCAACGAUGAGGUGGUGAGCCACCCUGGCAAGAUCGCCAUCCACUACUUCAAGGGAUGGUUCCUCAUCGACAUGGUCGCCGCCAUCCCCUUUGACCUGCUCAUCUUCCGCUCUGGCUCUGAUGAGACCACCACCCUCAUUGGCCUCCUGAAGACCGCCCGGUUGCUGCGCCUGGUCCGUGUCGCCCGCAAGCUGGACCGCUAUUCUGAGUACGGAGCAGCCGUGCUCUUCCUGCUCAUGUGCACCUUCGCCCUCAUUGCCCACUGGCUGGCCUGCAUCUGGUAUGCCAUCGGCAACGUGGAGCGGCCCUACAUGGAGCACAAGAUCGGCUGGCUGGACAACCUGGGUGACCAGAUUGGCAAGCGCUACAAUGACAGCGACCUCUCCUCCGGCCCAUCCAUCAAGGAUAAAUACGUCACUGCCCUCUACUUCACCUUCAGCAGCCUCACCAGCGUUGGGUUUGGCAACGUCUCACCCAACACCAACUCUGAGAAGAUCUUCUCCAUCUGUGUCAUGCUUAUUGGCUCUCUGAUGUACGCCAGCAUCUUUGGCAACGUCUCUGCUAUCAUCCAGCGCCUGUACUCGGGCACAGCCCGCUACCACACGCAGAUGCUGCGGGUCAAGGAGUUCAUCCGCUUCCACCAGAUCCCCAACCCCCUGCGCCAGCGCCUGGAGGAGUAUUUCCAGCACGCCUGGUCCUACACCAAUGGCAUCGACAUGAAUGCGGUGCUGAAGGGUUUCCCCGACUGCCUGCAGGCGGACAUCUGCCUCCACCUCAACCGCACGCUGCUCCAGAACUGCAAGGCUUUCCGAGGAGCCAGCAAAGGCUGCCUGCGUGCCCUGGCCAUGAAGUUCAAGACGACUCACGCGCCACCCGGAGACACCCUGGUGCACUACGGAGAUGUCCUCACCACACUGUACUUCAUCUCCCGGGGCUCCAUCGAGAUCCUCCGGGAAGACAUUGUGGUGGCCAUCUUAGGGAAGAAUGACAUCUUUGGGGAGCCCAUCAGCCUCUAUGCCCGCCCAGGGAAGUCCAACGCCGACGUGAGGGCCCUGACCUACUGCGACUUGCACAAGAUCCAGAGGGAGGACCUGCUGGAGGUCUUGGAUAUGUACCCAGCCUUCUCUGACAACUUCUGGAGCAACUUAGAGAUCACCUUCAACCUGCGAGAUGCAGACAGCGUUCCCCGCUCACCACUCAGCGAGGAGUAUGACUGCACCUACCGGCAGGCGCACCGACGCAAGCACUCCCUUUGCCAGCCCAACAAGCCUGACCCAGACACGGGCAUCUCUGAUGCAGAGCAGUAUCACACCUACUCAGAGCUCACCAACCCACAGGACCCGCUGAGUAAGGACCAGUGGGACGACCUGGGCAGCAGCACCACUCCCUGCUCCCAGAUCAGCGAUGACGAGGUCAAGACUGGCAGCCCUACAAAAGCUGAGCCCUUCCCCACAUCCAAAAAGGAUGACUUUGCUCUGCCCACGCUCAGCCUCGUCACCACCAGCGCCGGCAGGACAGAGGUCGGCAAGCAGGCGGCAGAGAGGAGCCAGUCCUAUGCAGCCACCCCCCUGGACAUCCCCAACGUGUUCACCUUCUGGGAGGACCGAAGACCAAACGACCACCCAGAGCCUUUGCAACACAUCUCCUUGGUACACAGCUCGCGGGACAUCCCCCUGCACAGUGACUACAGACCAGGGCAGAUCGAGUCCAGGCUGGAGCUCCUGCAGGCCCAGCUCAGCAGGCUGGAGUCCAGGAUGUCGUCAGACAUUAAUAUAAUCCUCCAGCUUCUGCAGCGCCAGCUGUCCCAAGUGCCACCCGCAUACAGCCCCAUCUCGCCGUCCUCCCACAACCUGGCCAUGUACGGCAUCCUCCCGCGGAGCCUGGAGCCGCUCACCCCCUGCGCACCCCUGGAAGACGAGGAGACGACAACCCCGGAGCAGAGCCCGAGCUACACGGAGGUAGAAAAGUUCCACUUGAAAUCCAAGGACUCCUUGUCAAGCGGGAUGCACCUCGCUGUGGCAUCUGACGAAACUAUGACAGUCCACUCCGAGCAGGAGCACCAUUCCCCACCUCUCCCGAACCCAGAGCCUCCCCACCAAAGGGCACCAAAUACCCAGGGACUCUUCCGGGGCUCUCGUUUCCCUUCCCUCCCUGAGCACUUGGAGGCAUCUUCCGAGCACCAGGACAUUCAGAGACACCUCUCCGACCCAGUGCUUCCUGGAAGUUAGAGAUGUGGGGGCUGCGAAGCAAGUCAAGAGGAACCUCAACUGCGAGCUCGGUCAGUUGAUGUUGAUUUUGACUGCAAGGGUAAGACGGAGGACAAUGCCAUUGGCUCAGGGGUAUAAUUUGUAGCUGUAUUCUGCCACCGUGAAAGGAAGCGUAGAGUGGCUGGCUUCCAAGGUCAACGUUUUCCAGCGGUUCCCAUAGAGUAGGUUUCAUUUGCACAUUAUAGUGAACCCAGAGCAGUUCUUUCUUACAGCCACCAACAAGCUGGCUAGGCCAAACGGUACCCGCUCACUGCCUCUUCCUUGCCAAGGCUUCCUCUCAAGAAUGGCACAAACCAAGUGAGCCACAGCGACCGGAGGACAGCAAAUCCAUGGCUCUUAACUGCGAGGCCACUUUGCUGUCAGCUCUUUGGAGCAGGGACCAUUGCAUUGGUACUGGGCUUAGCCGAGCGGAGCCUGUGGGCAUUACAGAAAGGGUAGUCACCAGAGGAGGAGGAGAUCUCCACAGUGCAGUACUGGGGGGAGCUGCAGGUGGGAAGCCUAGGACAAGGACAGAGGACAGAAACUAUCCUUGUCUUACUUGACUGCCACUGAGAAACUAAGGGCCAACAGCCCCUGCCACUUCAGCAUGCUUCAGCACGAGUCCUAGGGCACCGACUUCUCCAGCAAGGCUGAUUGCGCCUUGCAAACCCCAACACACAUCCCACAACUCCCCAGAUAAACCCAGCUGGUCACUGGCCUGGGCAUAAAGCACAAAACUCAAAAGCACAAUCCUGGAAAGCCGAAAAGCCCCAGACACCUCAUCUCCAGCCCUUCCUCCCAGCUUCUCUCUUUUGAUAAAGGUUUGAUAGAUGCUUCCUCCUCCCCAGUCCUUUCCCUGGCAGACUCCCGCAGCACCCCCGUAGGAGAAGCCCACUUAGCACUGCCGCCUUGCCGUUCGGUUAGAUGCUGUGACAGUCCUAGGCCGCCUGCUCAAGUAAUGUAUCGAGCUCCCUUUGAGAGUAGUAAAACUGUGAGCAUCUCUUUCUCUGGAGUUUUAGUGUACACUUUGCUAAUAAAGAUGGUUUUGGC